CGAUCCCCCUGAGCUAUGACGUCAGGGCCGUGCGCGCGGGAGACCUCCGGCGCGCGGCUGCAGCCGUGCCCACAGGCGGAGCGUCCGUGCAGCGCGCGACCAGGCGGCUGCGGCGGCACAGCGGCACCACCGCAAACCACCUAUUCACGUCGCGAAGAGCGACACGGCGACGCCAGCAGCCGCGGCCCCCGCGAGUUCGCAUCCCCCGUCGCCUCCGCCGUCCUCGCCAUGUCCUCCGCCGUCACCGAGACGGAGGAGUCGGCGCGCGGCUCGCCGCUGACGCCGCUGAAGCUGGUCGGGCUGGUGUGCGUCUUCCUCGCGCUCUGCCUGGACGUGGGAGCCGUGAUGAGCCCGGCGUGGGUGACCGCCGACGACCAGUACUACCUGUCCCUGUGGGAGUCCUGCUGGAAGCCGGCGAGCACGGAGAACUGGCAGUGCAGCAGCACGCUGGGCUCAGACUGGCAGGUUGCUACGCUGGCCCUGUUACUAGGGGGCGGAGCCCUGGUGCUGAUGUCAUUCCUGGUCGCUCUGGUCGCCGUGUGCAUCGGCACAAGGCGACGAUUCUAUGCGCCAGUCGCCCUCAUGCUCUUCGCUGCAGUUGUCCUCCAGGCCUGCAGCUUGGUCCUCUACCCUAUCAAGUUCAUUGAGAGCAUCAACUUAAGGAUCUACCACGAGUUCAACUGGGGCUACGGCCUGGCCUGGGGUGGAACCAUCUUCUCCUUCGGAGGAGGAAUCCUCUACUGCCUCAACCCCAAGAGUUACGAGGACUACUACUAGCUCCAGCUGGAGCCUGAGGCCCAGUCACAUGCUCAGAGAGGUAUUCAGGGCAGAGAGGAUGGGGUUGUUGAGAGGGGUGGGGGUGGGUGGGGGUUCACCUUUUGAGGGCUCAGUUCCCAUGCACUGUAAGGAAAGACUGGAGACGGGGUCUGAGCCAGUAACUGUGUCACAGCAGGCUUCCAGCCGGAGGAUGAAGCCUGCAGGUCUGUCCUGGGGAGGAGCUGGGGUCUUAUUGCUUUCCUUCCAGGACCCACCUGCAAGAAACUGGCAUCCACCUUCCUUCCAGACCUGUUGAGCCCAACUCGACUGCGUGGCAGGAAACAGGAAGUCUGAGCCAGACUGCACGUUUACGAAUGCAUGUACGUGCAACUACAGUACUAACGUGCAUUUUUGGCUGUGAGAGUAAAACUCACAAGCUGUACGUCAUCAUCGCCAUCAUCAUCAUCAUCAACAUCAUCAUCAUCAUCAUCAUCAUCAUCAUCACUGCUGGGUGAGAACUUGAGGCAUUAAGUUUUCUAAACUUCCACAAGGACGGGUGAAGAAGAUCAGACGCGUUGUAAUUUUUCACAGGACUGACAGAUUCCUUUUGAGGGGAGAGUAAAGAGCAGAGUGAAAUAAAAACACCCAAUCAAUAUUCUGCUAUCGACCCACUUGUCUGUUACUGUGGCAACCCACAGGGUGUGCACAUGCAGCUGUCAUGAUUGAUUAGCCAUGGCUGGAGGUGUGAGACGGGGCCGCGCUCGGCAGGUCUAAAUUCCAAUUCCCCAUCGAGCAGAGUUUCUCUGCACCGUGACGUACGGAGCAUCCGCCCUCUCUGGGUCGGGCUCCUCUGUAUUCAGCUUCUGGCGCUGACUGUCAGCUGUGCACCUCGCAGACCAACGGAGCCUCUCAGCGGCCCUGUGUAAAUGCCACUGGGGAGAUUCACCAACUCACAGUCGCGGCGCUUUCUUUUAAUCCUCCUGUGUUAAUGCUCAGCCUGACGCAUGGGGGUGGGCUGUAACAAGGGGUGUUGUGGAGGACUGAGAAGGACCUGCUGUCAUCCGGCUUCAAUCUUUGCAACAUAUCUUUAAAAUGUAUAAAAGGACUUAAUUGUAAAGUUAAUUUAUGGGUUAAUGUCUUUACUGACAAGGACACAAUGAAACCAGCGCUCCGCUGCUCCGCUGUCAGCAUGUAAACACAGACACAGAUCUCCUGACAAGUCCAAGGCACUUUUCAUUAACGGUGAGCUGCCGUCUCCGUGUUUAUAGCCCGCAGCCAGUCUCUGGAGGUUCGGGUGAGAAACAGCUGUGUGCAUCAUCAGCAGAUGUGAAUAUCAGCCAGUGUCAGACGUGACUAAUAAAUGGACACAAUAGUCGGAUUUUGUCUGUUGUCAGGGUUUGGCUCUAAUCAGGUUCUGGGUUUAAAGAUGGAUGGAAAAGAAAAUGUUCAACAAAACCGGGGCUGGAUGAUAAAAAUGUGAUAAAGUGCUUUUCUGCUGUCUUUGUGCAAAAAAACCUAUUCCCGCCGUCCCCUCUUCCCUCUGUGCUGAAUUACUCCGAGAACCCCGUGACCUCCAUCCUCCAUUCGAACACGUGCUGUAAUUUGUAAAGUGCACAGAGACCAAAGUGAUGGAAGAAAUCCCCAGAUGACAUUUUUAAGAUGCAUUCUGUGUGAACCGCCCGUCGUCACCCGGCCGCGCCGCCUCCGCCCGCCCCAGCGAGCAGCCGCCGUGCAGCCGCCGCACCUCCAGAGCAGCUGACAGACAUCUGCUCCUCCUGUACAAACUGACACCAGGAUGUUUACCGCACACAAAAUCAUUUCCUGUUGCUGUUGAUGAGCAGAGGUCCUAUUUGUGCUGCCUGUCAGUGAAGUUUCAUCCCUGGGAUCUGAUGGGACGUUCCAGCUCACAAAUUACAGGCCUAUUAAUUAGUUCCUGUACGGUGUCAGCAGAAGGUUUGCUGGGUGCACAGAUAAACACAUCAGUGUGAGAGACAGGCUGAGGAAAUGAAAGGAAAACCUUCUCACUUAAGUUCAUGUUUACUAAUUUCACGGUGCAAUGAAACAAAGAAGAGGAAUUACAGGUAUUUAAAAUAGUACAUUUAUAUAUUUUGCUGUAAUUUCAAAAUAAAAUAACUUAUUCUAUUAUUUGAUGAAGAAACAUUUAUUUUUGAGUUGUUUGAGGCCCAAACUAAGCAAAUACCAGUGCAAGUCUCAUUCAGCAGGUGAUGCUGGGUCCGUUGCAGAUUAGCAGCCUGCUUUAACGUCCUGCUGUACGUCUCCUGUGAGCGGCCUGCGGGCAGUUAAAGCCACUCAGUCUCGCCUCACAGGCCUUUUCAGGCUUAUCGUCCGCUCAUGGUGUAAAUCCACGCUGUAUAUUCUACUACAGACUCCGUCAGCGCUUUGGUGUUGUGUUUACCCAUGUUUUUAUCCAGCGCUGAGUGCGAACGGCGUUGCUGUCACAGCCAUUGCUCCAUUCUUCAUCCAGCUAAAUGGGUCAGCGCGUGAGCGUCCUUCUCGGUCCCGGCGUGAGCGAUGUCACCGCUCCCCCGCGUUCAGCGGUGGGGCUCCGGCUCAUCGGCGCUCGGCUGUGUUGGCUCAUCAGAUUUCCUGUGAGGUGACGGAUAAGGCGCUGUAACAGAGAAGAUCAUGGCCACUGGUGUGUUGAAUGUGACCGCUACUGUAUUAAUACUGUGUGAUCACAGCCUAGUGGGUUGUUUUUGCUACCUAGAAAUGUAUUCUGUGCUUCGGUAAAGUAGAGGAGCCUUAGGCAAUAACACUGUAGCAGACCUGGGUUGAAAUAUACAGGAAAAGAGGCCAAAACAUUAUACAGCCUUUAUUCCAGAAUCCACUCGGAGCAGAUUUUGUAAUUAUGAGCGUGCGGUUUUGAAUCACAAUGCAAAUGUGUUUGCACCAGUUUGGAAAAAUGACCCACAUGCUUUGAUUUCUAAUGAGUGUGAUGCUCAGUGAAUGGGAUCGUUAAUGUUGGACUCCACGUGCUGCAAAGACGUGACCACCCGCCGUUCUUUGUGCCGCUGAUCGUCAGUAUGUUUUAGCCCAGGUCUGAUUUUUAGUUAGUAGCAUUUGUUUGGUUGUAACUUUACUGAUGACAAGUAGAGACGUGCAGACAGAGACAGCUCUGUUUUAUGCAUCACCUCCCAGUAGACUGGAGAGAAACGCUGUCUAAUGAUGUGACUAGGGACUUAGAAAGUGUGUGUGUGUGUGUGUGUGUGUGUGUGUGUGUGUGUGUGUGUGUGUGUGUGUGUGUGUGUGUGUGUGUGUGCGCGUGCGUGUGAAAGAGAAUGGCAGUGAAAGUGUGUGUGUUGGCAUGUUUUAGAUGCCGUCGUAGAGAUGUCGGUAAUCAGCAUUUAUCUCUUUGUACGUUGACACAUUAAAGCACUUAACAGAA